CACUCGCAGCCAAUUCCUCUGCUGGAUCGAGCCAGCUCGCUAAGUUUGUGGGACUCUGGAGUUGCAGCUACCGAUGAGCGAAGGGAGGAAUCUCAAAGGGUCGCGAGGGUUGGCUCACGAGUACAUCCAGCACAGAUCAUUCGUCCUGCCAAUCCCAAGUUCUUCCCGAUUGUUGCGAUAUCUCGUAUUGCAAUUCCUGUCAGUCUUUCGGUACUUGGCUCAAUGUGCAAGAGGCCUUUAUUCUAUCAGUGGCAGAGGACUUCAGCCACCCUCGUAAGUUUGGGGUCGGUAAGUACCUGAAAAUCCCGGACCUGAGGUUCUCCCACCACAAGACUCCUGCCGAUUUAUGUAGGGCGUCCAACGAUGGAUGCUCGUUGUGUAAAAUGAUCACUAGUACGUGGCAAAGAAAGAAAUCUCUGCUGCAAUAUGACGAGGAGGGUUCAGAAUUUAGACCAUUUGUUUUCAAACUGAGCUUGGAUAGCGACUGUUGCUGGGGAUUUUGUUGUAGUGGUGAAGACUGGAAUUUGCGCACGCAAUUUGAAUUGUACGAAUUUGGGGAUCCCGAUCUACCGGAGGCAUUUGAUGCGGAGAGAGCAAUCACGGGAAUAUGGAUAAGCCGCCAGCACUUGGGUGAUUAUACACUGUCCGAAAGUACGGGCAAGAUCAUGGAGAGGUGGGUGCAAGAGUGUUUGGACUCUCACGAGGAAUGUAGGCAUACCUUGAUGGGUGGGUAUUCACCAACCAGACACAUUGAUGUUGGUCCCAAGGAUGACUUGAAAGAGCUGUCUUUCGUAGAGGCUGGAGAAUUGCCAUUUGAUCGGCUACUUGGCAUCCCCCCAGAUUCUCAUAAGGAAACCAACCCUCAAACCGGUCAAACAGAAGAGGCUCCUACAUCCUUACGUUACGCAACUUUAAGUCAUUGUUGGGGCGGGACCCAACACAAUCAAACCACCAUGAAUACUUUGAACUAUCGGAAGCGAUCAAUCCCCCUCUCUUCCUUGAACCAGACUUUUAGAGAUGCCAUCAACGUGACGCGAAGUCUCGGUCUCCAAUACCUUUGGAUCGACUCUCUCUGUAUCAUUCAAGACUCACCUUCGGACCAGACUCGAGAGUCGGCAAAAAUGUGCUCUGUCUACAGGAACGCCAUACUCAAUAUUGCAGCAACGUCUGCUGCGAACGGUUAUGAGUUGUUUUUAAAUACCCGACCAAUAUCCAUUCAAGUCCCCCACAUGUACCAAGUGGGUGAGAAACAUCCGUCACCUUCCAAUGCUAUCUGGAUUCGACCCAGAGCUGACAGUGACUCCUCUUCUUUGGGGAGAAACACGCUGUCGCGUAGAGCUUGGUGCUACCAAGAGGAAAUUCUGGCUCCACGGACUCUUAGUUUUGGUCAAUCCCAAGUCACAUUUGAAUGUCGAGAAACUCGUCGCCUCGAGACGACCCCGGACCUUGGUAUCCAACGAAGGAUAUUAGACAGCAACCCAAAACUAAAGUUCACCUCUCAACUGCGACGAGAAGAUUUCACCAGAGAUCUGUGGAUCGAAGCAAUGAAGUUGUGGCAUGGUAUGGUAAUCUCAUACUCCAGAAGGGAACUCAGCCUCGCAAAGGACAAUUACCACCAAUCUCAGGCCUGGCAGCUCGAUUUGGGUCUCGCACAAAAGAUCGCUACCUUGCUGGCCUAUGGAGCGGUAAUCUUCCUUGCAGGCUUUGCUGGCGGGCAAGCGGUAUGAUACAGAGCUUCAAAGUGACGCCAUAUAAGGCCCCGAGUUGGUCCUGGGCGUCUCAAAACAGCUGGGUGGAUUACGAUUGGUUCGAUUAUUUUAGUGAGCGCAAGCUCGUUUGGGACGUCCGGGUUCUGGAUUAUGGUAUCGAAUGUCUAUCUGAUGAUGUUUAUGGGCAAGUUAAAGGGGGUUACAUCUCCUUGGAGGGAAGAAUGAUAGAGCUCCAGAUCGAUAAAGACCAC